AUGGCCGUCAUUGGCGUACCACGGUGGACGAGGAUCGGUGUGUGUCUGCUGGGACUACUCGUUUGCCAGCUGGCGUGCGUGGAAGCUCAAGUUCCUGGGUUUGGCAAAUGUCCCAAGGUACCUGUGGAGGAGAAUUUCGACACUUACGCCUAUCUUGGCCGCUGGUACGAGCAGGAAAAGUAUCCGUUUUUCUUCGAGCUGGGUGGAAAAUGCAUAACGGCUGAUUAUUCGCUCAAUCCGGACGGUACAAUUGGGGUGCUGAAUACUCAGAAAAAUUCACUAACGGGAAAUGAUAACAGCAUUAGUGGAUCGGCAAGAAUUGUGCAAUCUGCCAAGCUGGCGGUGAAAUUCCCGAGCGCACCUUUUAACGUCGAAGCGCCAUACUGGGUUGUGGGAACCGAUUACAAAACAUACGCUGUCGUGUAUGCCUGUUCCGAUCUUCGUGGCUUCAUUAAUGCAAAGGUAGCAUGGAUUUUGACCCGCAAACGACACCCUGACAUUGAAACGAUGAAGAAGGCGUACACUGUGCUUGAUAGUGCAAAGAUCUCCCGUGCGUAUCUGACCCGUACGGAUCAGAAAAACUGUGGUGAAGAACUAGUAAAGGUCAGUAAAGGCAUAUACAAAACGACAGUCGUCAAGGGUUAA